UAUACAAUUACAAAUUUCUUAGUUGAAGAAAAUAAAGGGAACUAUUGUCCAGUACAUAACAAACUCAAAAUACUUUUCAAUUCAACAACUUCAGUCUCAAAAUUCAGCGGAUUUGAUCAUUCAAUACCUCAAUCCCAAUUUGAAUUUGCUGAUUAUGGAACAAUAGCUUCCCGUUGCUAUGACACACCUUACUUGACUAAUGUGAUUGGCAUAUUGGACUACAUUGGAGCCAUUGAGGAGAUCAAAACAAGAGGGUGUCCAACAAAGAUGAGAAACAUUCAACUAUUGUUAGAAGUGAACAAAUCAGUUCAAACAACUUUGUGGGGAAAUACUGCAAAACAAAGAGAUGAUGAUUUCUACAAAACAUAUAAAGGGCCAUUCAUUGUAAUAGUCACUUCAACUAUUAUGAAAACUUUAAGAGGUGACUAUCAACUAUCAUCCACUUUUGCAACAAAGUUGUAUGUCAAUUUAGACAUUCCAAAAGUUGCAGAAAUUAGAAACAAAUUGAACACCACAAUGGACAAAAAGGUAAAAGAAAUACUGCCAAAGGGACUACCUAAAGUACAAGAUGGAGAACUUGCCUUACAUAAUAAAAAAAAUAGUUGCUGA